UCUCCAAAAGCCUAUCCAUUCGAUCAAGUAAAAUCAUUACAAAGUUACAAAAUUGAGAGAUGGGUUUUGUUUGUGGAUCCUCCCUCCACUUCAAUCCAAUGAGUUGCACUGUGAAUGAAAUGAGGAGGGGUUUCUAAAAAUAACCCCCCAAAAUGGACAGGGCAGAGUGGGGUGGGUUACGCAUUGGGUGAUGAGAAAAAAAAAAAGAAAAAAAAAAACUCGAAAAUGGGGGGAAGCCCGAGUGCCGAGAGAGAGAGAGAGAGAGAAACGGUUUGGUGAGAGAAAAGGCGAGUCCUCGUAGAGAUGGGUUUGUCAUGCCAUUUGUUGUACUUGGUGGGUACUGUUCAGUUUCUCAAAGUUAUCUCGCUUUCUUGGGUUUAUGACUAACCGUGAAGAAGGUACCUCUGAUGGCGAUAUGAUGGGCAGAGGAAACGCUGCUUCAAUUCUCCUUCACAACGGUCCUGCCUUCUGAAGUAAUGUAUGUGUAGGGUAGAUAAGUGAGGGUCGAAAGACGGUUUUUGGUCCAUUCGUAUGGAUUUCCAGGAUGAUGGCUUUGAGGGUUCUGCGAAUGAAGACACUAUUUUUAAGGAGGUUUUCUUUGGGAAUAGUUCUAGCCACUCCAAUAGAUGUCCUUGCAAAGCAUUUAGUAAUAAACAUGAGCCGUGGAAGAUAAAUGAUGCAUCUUUAUGUUCAAGUAGUGAACUCUCGACAGUGUCCAGUCAUUCUUAUUCAAGAAAUAUAAAGGUUGAUGAAUGCUACAAUGCUACUGAGAAUAUUAGGACCGAUUCUGCACCGUAUAGUUUUCCAUGCAAAUGCCCUUCAGUGGAAGACAAUUAUGAGAAUGCAAGUGCUAAGCGAAUAAAACUUUCAACUGAUGAACCUUCUGAUUCUAUACCCGAUCUAGGUAAGGUUAUGAACUCAUCAGUAAUUAUAAGAGAAUCUGCUUCUACAUUCCACGUUGUAGAAUCGUCUAGACAGGGUAUUGUAUCAAGUUGCUACCUGUUAAAGGAUUUUAUAGAAAGGGACAGCGAUCUGGGCGAACCUGAUGAACCCAAAUGCACGUCGUUGAUUUUAGAAGGUCAUGAACCCAAUAUGGUGAAUAAAGUUAGUGCUUCGCCUGUUUCUGAAGAGAGCUCAAUGACCAGACUCUUGGUAGCAAGUCCUUCCGAUACAUUCAACGAGAAGUUUGGAUCUGCAUUACAUUUGGAGGUAGGAGAAGCGAAAUUUCAAUGUCCAGAACUGGACACUUCCUUGAAGACAGAUUUGAUAAGGGAUCCCCGUCCUCUUCUCCACUAUCAUGUUGUUCACUUACUUAUUGCAGCUGGAUGGUCUAUUGAAAGGCGCAAAAGACCUUGCAGGCGCUAUUUAGAAACCGUUUAUAGAUCACCCCAGCGAAGGCUCUUUCGUGAGUUUCCCAAAGCUUGGAGGGUUUGUGGUGAACUCCUAUUUGCUGAUAGAUGUCGUUUUGUAAAAGAAUCUGACAUCAAGGAAUGGACCGGCAUUCAUCAAUUCUUAUUUGAUCUUUGUGACACACUGUUACAGGUUGGGAAGGAAAUGAAUCAACUAGGAGCUUCAACGUCACUUGCUCAUUGUUGGGUUAUUCUAGAUCCCUAUGUUCAGGUUGUUUCGAUUGACAGAAAGAUUGGUACACUUAGGAAGGGAGAAUUAGUUAGAGUUACCCGUAAUAUUAGGGUUAUUGGGAACAAUAAGACUGAUACUUUUGUGACAUUAACAAAUGAGGAUAGUAUUUGUAACCUAUCUGCUGACAAAAAUGCACCUCCACUCCACGAUCAUUCACCGUCUGCCAAGAGUGCAUUAACGGAGGCUGCAUUGAAAGAUCUCGAUGGUGGCAAUUGUGCUUCUGAUGAGCAAACCUGUGAUACAAGUUUAUCUAAUUACUAUGGACAUACAAAAGAUGGAACAAUGAAAUUUCCGACAAGGGUGUCUAAUUAUGUCUCCGACGUAGGGGAUGGUAUGAAUUGCUUGGUCAGUCAUUGUAGUGCACUCAAACCAAGAUGUCCGCCUCGUGGUCCUGUUCUGUCUGGAAAUUCAGAUUAUGUUAUCCCAGUUUCUGGCCCUACAUCUCCUUAUGAGGACAGCGCUUUGUAUAGCUCGGAUGAACAGAGCUCUGAAAAUCAAGUUGAAAAGCCUAAUGAAAUGGUGAAAAAUGCACUGAUGCAUUCCCUGGGAGAAGGAAAAAAAGUGGAAGUCCCAUUCAAUGAUAAGAUGCAAAAUAAUCUGGAAGUAUCUCUGAAUUACUGUCCAAACUAUAUAAGCGAUGAUUUAUCUCAUUCUUGUGCUUCACGGGUCGUACAGAAGUUUACACAUAAAGAAGAAGGUGGGCAGCACGUUUCAACUUCAAAGUUCAAAACAGAGAGUAAAGUUUCUGCUGUACAUUCUAAUUUGCAGAAGAAAGGGCGUAGAAAGUGUAAAAAGAUAUCUGAAAUUAAUCCUACCUUGCCACCUCAGACCGAUAUUGACGUGAGUUGUUCUCAAUUGGAUAUGAUAGAAUACCAGAAGUCCCAUAUAGCUGAUACGAAAAACAUGGACGGUGAUGUGAAGUCCUUGUAUCUCAGUCCUAUUUCAUGCCAUUCUGAGAGGAAAGGUUCAAAGUUCAAAAAGAUUUAUGACAGUCUUAGAGGUUCAAAAACGAGAAAGAAGAAAUUGAACGAAUGUCAAAUUGAAGAUGAUGACCUAUUAGUUUCAGCCAUAAUUAGAAACAAAGAUGUCCGUUCGAGUGCUGCUGGAUUUUCCCCUGUAAGAAAGUUCUUAAAGCCGAGAGCAAAAACGAACCGCAAAAGGCAAAAGAGUAGUUGUAAGCUACUCCUAAGAAGCUUGGGUAAUGGGGAAAAGAAUUAUAAAGAUGGGAAGUGGUAUACCAUUGGGGCUAGAACAAUCUUGUCAUGGUUGCUAGAUGCUGGGGUUAUAUCCUCAAAUGGCAUGAUCCAAUAUCGAAACUCUCGGGAUAAUAGUGUAGUUAAAUAUGGUAGAAUUACUGGAGAUGGCAUCAUCUGCAGUUGCUGCAGUGAGCUACUCUCAAUAACUGAAUUUAAAAGGCACUCGGGUUCCAAAUUUAAUCGUCCUUGUUUGAAUCUUUACUUGGACUCUGGGAAGCCUUUCAUGUUAUGCCAGCUUCAAGCGUGGUCAACUGAGUAUAAGACAAGGAGAAGUAGGACCAGAACAGUUCAAGUCGAUGAAGAUCGAAAUGAUGAUUCAUGUGGGAUUUGUGGUGAUGGGGGAGAGCUAAUAUGCUGUGAUAAUUGCCCCUCUACAUUCCAUCAUUCUUGUUUGUCAAUUCUGGAGCUCCCUGAAGGCAACUGGUAUUGCUCAAACUGUACAUGCCGAAUAUGUGGUGAUCUGGUGAAUUAUAAAGAGUCGUCGAGUUCUUCUGAUGCACUAAAAUGUUCUCAGUGCGAGCAAAAGUAUCAUGGGCGAUGCCUGAAAGAAAAAGACAUUGAUUAUGGAGCAGAGUCUCUUAUUUGGUUUUGCAGUGAGAGUUGCCAUAAGAUUUACACAGGUCUUCAGUCUCAACUUGGGUCGAUCAAUCAGUUUGCUGACGGAUUUUCUUGGAUGCUUCUUCGAUGUAUUCAUAGUGACCAGAAAAUUCUAUCGACCCCACGCUUAGCUAUGAUGGCAGAAUGCAAUUCCAGAUUAGUAGUGGCUCUUACUAUAAUGGAGGAAUGCUUUUUGUCCAUGGUAGAUCCAAGAACAGGAAUUGAUAUGAUACCACAUCUCGUGUACAGCUGGGAGUCGAGUUUUCCUCGUCUGGACUUUCAUGGAUUUUACACUGUGAUACUAGAGAAAGAUGAUGUGCUGCUCUGUGUAGCAUCUAUCAGGGUACAUGGAUCAGAAGUUGCUGAGAUGCCCAUCAUUGCAACUUGUAGUAAAUAUCGUCGCCAGGGAAUGUGUCGGCGUCUACUGAACGCUAUAGAACAGAUGCUAUUGUCCUUUAAGGUGAAAAAGCUUGUGAUAGCUGCAAUUCCUAGUCUAGUGGAGACAUGGACCGAAGGGUUUGGGUUCAUACCCGUGGAAGAUGUUGAGAAACAAAGUCUUCACCGGUUCAAUCUGAUGGUGUUUCCUGGGACAGUGCUACUCAAAAAAGCCUUGUAUGUAAGUGCUCAAAAUUCAGAGAACACACAAGGAACUCGUUCGGAUGCUGAUUCAAAACAACAAUGUGUUUACUCCUGUCCUGAUGAAGCACGUCCUAGAAUGGAAACGAUACGUUUAAAAGAUCAAGACUUGCAUGAACACGAUGAAAAGACGAAGAACGAUCACAAGGGAAAUCCAGCUCCAAUUGAUUCAUCCACAUUGCAUUUGGUUGAAUCUAAUAGAAUGGAUACUUCCAUUCAGUCAACACUACAAUCUGAUGGAAACUGUUGCACUGACGAAGUUCGAGCCACGACCCAUGAGUCGAAAGAGUCGUUAGAACAGGACGUUGAGCUUCCAGAAGGAAAGAGCUGGGAUAACGAAGUUCACGUAGCCACUAUGACGAGAUUAGUCGAACCUUUUGUACUAACUUAGGCAAUAAUCAAACUUUAGAGAGAGAGGAGUCCAGGAAAUGAGUUUGCAGGACCAUUUUUCAAAGCUGUCCUGUGAACAUGAAUUUCCAACGUUAGGGAAUACUUGAAAUCUGAUCCCAUCCCAAAUAAAGAAAACUCGAAUCUUUUGAUUUUUU